UGCGAAAGUAUAGAGUGGACCACACUCCCCAGAAGAACUCGCAUAAAACCUCCAUCAACAGCUGUUGCGGUUAUUGUCGAUGUUAUACAUAACCAAGGUGCGAUCCACAUCACGGACGAUGACAGAACAUAUAUCGACAUGGUCGGGACUGAAUUUGCUGGUCAUCUUGUCGUUGUUCGUUGGAACCGUAACUUGUGGUUGAGAGGUUCCGGACAUAUCGAGGUUGGGUAUGUUCUAGCUAAGGAGGGAAAGUAA